AUGCCCGUCCCCUGGGAGGUGAGUCUGCCGAGGGUCUUUGCUGCUGUCGAACCUGUGCUCACGCCCCAGGCCGUCAUCCCCCUCGCCCUCACCACCGUCAUGUUCGGUGCGACGGGUACCCUCCUGAACGUCGUCAAGCGUAUCCAGAACGACGGCCAGCCCCCGCGCUACGGCCUCGACAAGUGGGACGACAUGAUGAUGAACCGCGACGAGAGGUUAACAGGAUCGAAGCGUGGCCAGAGCACGAACCCCAUCGCGCCCGAGGGCUUCUCGACCAACUCGGUCUGGGAGACGGAGAAGGUUCUCUAAAGCAUUCAGCAAAUGUAUAAGAUAGCAUGG